ACCAUGUAUACGAACAUAUGUUCAACCUCCCCCAGUAGCUGUCAAAAUUAUUACUGCUGUUCGUAGAAUUUUUCAUGUAACAACUGCUUGAAAAUUAUUAGAAUUUUUUAAUUAAAAAUAACAAAACGACAUGUUAUAUUUACGUAAAACCCAGGAGUUGUCCAUUAGACAUGUAGCAGCACGUUUAUUGGCCGGUGGAAAUCGUAACUAUAGCAAAGAUUAUGCUGCUUCCUCAGACGACGAGAAGGAAACCAAAAAGUCUAAAAAGGAAAAAACCGAAAAACCUUUAGCUAAGGAAGCUAACAGCUCAGCCAAUGAAGAAUCAGCUUCGGCCAAGUUAAAUAGGCUAUUGGCCUCCAUGCAAACGGCUGACGAUCAAAUAAAUUUUGCCAAACGCAACGAUGUGGUCACCAAACCGGGUGAGGCUAAUAAAAAGAAGAAAUUGCAACAAAAGCAACAGGUGGAAUCGAAAGAUAUUUUUGCGGCAGCCAAAAAAGUAGCCUCCUUGUUGGGUGAUGAAAAACAGCAGCAGCAACAAACUGAAUCGGAAUUGUUGACCAGAUUAUUGGGUGGCAAAUCCUCGGCAACUGCGGCGACAACAGAUGAACAAAAAUCUGCUACUAGCUCUUCCACAGAACCCGACAUUAGCUUAAGUGAGUUGAUUGUGGGCAUGAAAAUUGAUCGUCGUCAAACCCAAAAGGAACCUACUAACACACGCAGUGAGUAUGUUAGACGUAGCCUAGCUGCCAAAGGCAAACAACAGCAAAACAAACGACAGGAAUAUUCCAAAGACAGACGUCCUAUGCAACGCAAACGUGAGGCCGAACUUUAUACCGGCAGUGUUAAUUUGUUUGGUGGUGAACCCUUGGGCAUCUUUACUGAACCCUCUAGCUUAAAGGAAUCCCCGGAUAUGUUGCCCACUUGGUCUUACCUACAAGAGCAAGCUCUUAAGAUUCAAGUGGCUCAUCCUCCUUCCAAUUAUUUCGAUAAAUUAGCUAACUGGACGGAACAGGGUAAAAUCUGGCGUUUCCCCAUCGACAACGAACAAGAUUGGUUGGACGAAAAGGAUGUAGACUUUUCGGAGCAUAUAUUCUUAGAACAACAUCUAGAAGAUUGGUGUCCCAAUCGUGGUCCUGUUAGACAUUUUAUGGAGCUGGUGUGUGUGGGUCUCUCUAAGAAUCCCUAUAUUACAGCCAAGGAGAAAAAGGAACACAUUAUGUGGUAUAGAGAAUAUUUCGAAUCGAAAAAGGAUAUUUUGAGAGAAUUAAUGUCUAAGGAUCCUAAGGGUGAGCAGAAGCAAGUAGAGGCUUAGGAGAAAAAGCGUUUUUCGUAAAGUGUUAAUUUUGUUAAAAAGAAAAUGUUGUGUAAUAAAA